AUGGUUUGUAGAGGCGAAGUGGGUGGUUUACGAUCUUUGGUUGAAGUUCGCUUAGGGGCUUGUUUCUUUGAGAGCUCUAUGGUUGAGACCUCUCCAAAUCUCCAUGGAGUUCAUGUAAACAACAGCAUUUCUCAACAUCAUGUCAGUGUCAGGGUUUUGAAAAGUGACAAGAUGAGCAGUAAUCGCCGGUUAGUUCGUUGCCCAGGGUGCCAAAAAGUUCUGCGGGAGUCGCCAGAUGUUCCAGUCUACAAAUGUGGAGGCUGUGGGGCAGUUCUUCAAGCGAAGAAGCGGAUAAACAAUACAGUUGAUACAGAGAUGAAGCAGAUAAAUGACCUCAAAAUCCCCUUUCAUGUUUCAUUCCAACUUAAGGAGGCCAGGAAAAUUGAAAUGUGUUACCGGUUAGAAGAUGAGAUCCUUGAAGACGAGUUACUUUCCACGUUACUAAGCUUCAUGGCGUCACUACCCUAUCCAUGGCGAUGAAACAUGGUGUGUUGCCUCUCCUACCUAGACGCCCACAACACCCUUUCUCGAUUCUUACCUUCUUGAUUUACUUUUAUAUUGUAAGAUGUUUUUAUGAUCGGUGGCAUCUCUUGUUGGUUUUCUUCGUCUUCAGUUUUAAGCUUUUGUAUUAUUUUCCUUGUUGAAUUGUGGGCUCUCAUCUCCCUUUGACCUCCUAGCCGCUACUAAGAGUUAAUAAUGGGGCGCCCUGCGCUGGUUGGGAGCAAGGUCUACCGUCCUCUAUUGUGCUUAACACAAAGUCUACAGGUGUUCGAUGAGUAGUUUGUCGUGUUCGAUGAGUAGUUUGCCGUGUUCGGACCGGUGGCUAGAUUAGAUGAUGACUUCUUGGGUGUUUAGGCCCCGGCCAACACAAACUGCUAGACCAAUUUAUCAUUAUAAAUAGAUCUCUAUGUACCUUUUGUAACCCUAAGCAGAAAGUGUAUAUAUGGUAGAUG